GGAUUAUCGUUACUCAACACUCGGGGUCCGAGGCCUGCGCGGGGCUCGAAUUGUCCACAAAACUGUUCAUAGCAUCGUUAUCCUCUAUCAUACUUUCUUCUAUGUGAAAGUUAUGAAUCCAAUAAUCUAUCCCUACCUAUUCGGGCGGUGCCCAGAGACUUCCGCGGAUCGCCGGCUUAAUUAGCUGCAGGUAAGACAUAAGGGUCUGAGGCAGGGACUCCAAAUCCUGCUACGUCAAAUAAUGUAACCGGCGACAAAACCCCCUUUAGAUCUAGAUAUCCUCCCCAGUUCCCCCACGAUACGAGUUGAGGGUGCAUGGGUCUGAAGGGCAGGCAUGGCCGACAACAAUGAUCCGCAGCGUCCAGCUGCGACACAUACGACCACGACCACGACCAACAGCCCGCAAAUAACAACCACCACGACCUUCACGACAGCAGGGCCUCGAACGACCGUGACCUCCGAUGGUCCUCAAUCGACUGCAACCACGCAUCCGACCGUCACAACGACGCAUCGAUUCCCUCUCGCUCCAUCUCCACAACCACCGCCAGCUGCGCUACCUCCAAUCGACCGACAUAAUUCGAUCAGAAUUAGACGUCAGGGCUCGACCCACCCCAGCGAUCUUCGAGCACAACCUACCUCUCCGCAACAAGACCAGUAUGGAAAUAGAAGGAGGAGCAGUUCGGAACCUCAACGUCCACCACUCUCAGCCCUGUUCCCAUCAGAGGAGGAUGAUCUUGAGAUCCAGCGACACGCCACCGCCACGGCGGCGCCUUUGCAGACGCUCCAUGAAGAGGGUGCCUUUGCAGAGCCAUCCCAAUUCUAUUCGACGGCACCGGCGAUACCUCCAAGAAACUUGAGGCGACCUGGAUGGGGUAGACAACUCUCAUCAAUCAGCCUAAGGCAACGCGCGCAAACCGGACAGGUGGUACAUCCAUCAGAGUAUGACGCAGACUUUGUUGAUGUCUUAGAUGUUUUGGAUCCCGAGAUUUCUACUCUCACUACCCUAAACAACGUACAGAAUUCGCUGUUCAUACCUAAUUUUGGAAGCUUCUAUCGUCGCCAGCCUGUAUAUGAGCUUUCGGCUUCGACCGAGAGUUCCGAUGGCGAAACCGGUAUACCUUCGAGCAGCGAUGAACUGGCGACACAGACCCGGCAAGAUGGAGCACGACAGGGUGACCAAACACCAGAAAGACCUGCUGAACUUGGCCGACUACAAACGACGGACACGAUAACAUCUGUUCUCACGAGUAUGUCCGAGGGACAAGGUCAUAAUUAUGCUGUACUCCCCCACGGCGCAUCUUUACCUGGCUGGACGCGCGAAGAAAAGGCUGCCCUAAAUGAUCACGUGAGACAUCUGCUUCACUCCAGGCGCGCAAGGUUCAAGCGGAGUAUGCGCGGUUUUGGUCGCUACGUCCGAAAGCCCGUCGGAUUCUUGGUCACCCUUUACGCCUUCCUAUUGUUCUUCUGGGGAGCGGCCUGGGUUCUUUUCCUUAUCGGCUGGCUAAGUGUUGAAGGCCGACAGGCUUACUUCAUCGAAAUUUGCGAUCAGAUCUUGACCGCACUAUUUUGUGUCGUUGGCAUAGGAUUCGCACCCUGGAGGGCUGUCGACACAUAUCACAUGAUCUACGUAGCAUACUACGCCCACAGAACAUGGCGAUUACGCAAAGAGCAAGGCCUACCGGACCUACGUGACCGCAACGAACUCCCCUCGCAACCCGACGCACACGCAUGGGAGAAAGGCGAAGACGUACCCGAUAACGAGGAGCUUACGGUCCUAACCGCCGAGCAGCAGACAAAGCUCGAACACCACCAACAGAAGCUUGCGAACUCGCACACAUUCUACAAACCCCACGAGACCAACACCCACUACGCCUUCUCAGUUAGGCUUCUCAUUGCUAUCGUGGUGUUACUCGACUGUCACUCGCUGUUCCAAAUGGCCCUUGGCGGCACGACAUGGGGAAUUUAUUACAAAAAUCGCCCGAAAGCAUUGACUGCGGUCAUUCUGUCUUGCAGUAUUAGCUGUAACAUCUCCGCGGGUAUCACUAUCAGUGUUGGCGACAAGAGGAGUAGGAAGAAGUUAGUUGUCGAGCAGAUGUUCCGACAAGGCUUAACCGAAGAAGCUUUGGAGAAACUGCGCAAGGAACGAGGACUGAAGGCUAAAGGGAUAAGUGCCACUAAGAAGGGAAAGAAAGGGAAGAAGGGCAAAGAGAAGGAGAAGGACAAAGAAGAGGCUGCGCCCAAGGAGGAGGUUUGAUUGUGAUAGCGUUAAUGUUAUUCAGAACAUCUGUUAUCGAUGUCCAUGGUUGUAUCAUCAUUACCCACUCUCGUAUCUAGAGCAACUGUAUUUGGUAACUAUCCGUAUUCGAGAUCAUAUAUCAUAGCAUAACAUUGAGGCAUAAUUUUGUCAUUGAUCGUUGUAGUGUCAAAGGCCAUCAUCGCUCAUCUCUAUAAUAUCGUGC